ACACCUUAUUCCGGCUGGAAUGCACGUCUAAACAAGCAAAAUAAAAGAGGGAACCCCUCGGUUUUAAGUGUGAUGACGCGACAAACUUACGAUAGCAGCCUAAUAUAAAAGCAGCAGAUUUCGUGUAUCGAUCAUUCCAUUAUAAACGAGCAAAAUAGUAAGUAUUUCGUGCAACGCAAUUUAAGGCUACCAAUCGUCAAUAUGAAUAAACCAAAGAAAAAGUUAAUGCUUAGCCCCUAAAGUGAAAAGGAUUUUACCAAAGUGAUAGGAGCACCUGCACCUCGAAAAACCGGAUUUUCUUAACUUUAUUCGAAAGCAGAACUAAAACUCCCUAACUGUGUGUUAUUCUGUGAUUAAUGUGUUUUUAGGAUGCUCUGAAUUUGUUAUGUCGCAAGAUGGGGACUCUGCGCCGAAUGACCAAUAUCCACCCCAAAUUUUGAGGGAAUCCCCACCUAGGCAUCAAAUUUUUGGAUCUCAUCUGUCCAAUCGCGAAGAAAACCAAUUGGGAAGGGCACAGGAUAGGCGACAAGAACGUAACUUUACAUCUACUGCACUAAAUGACUUACUGUUCGAAGCUUUGUCGAGUACACAAAGAAGUUAUAAUACGGAUUCAGCAAGGAGUAGUCCUUUCAAUCCGCCAACAUAUCCAGAAUUUUCUUAUGCUUAUGAAAACAUUUCAGCACUUAACGGCGAUGCAACUAGCAGACGGACUGGUGAGUCGAAAAUUGAAUGUGCGAUUUGUUUAAGUUUUUGCCAGAAUCCUGCAUCUUCUCUGUGCGGGCAUGUGUUCUGUGAAGGAUGUAUAAAAUCAGCUAUUUCCAAAUAUCAUAGAUGUCCCAUAUGCAAGCGUGAAUUAACAUUGAUGUCAAUACAUCCCUUAUUUAUUUGAAGAGAACUAAAUAUCCCGAUUUUAUUAAAUAAAGUUAUGAUUGA